AUGAGUUCAGAUCCGCCCCCAAAUGGCGGCGGCUUCGACGAGAAGGACAUCUCGAUGAAAGAAUUCAACCUCAGACAACCACCUCCCACAAGAAAUCCUUCGCAAUUCAGCGGCCAACAAUCAGAACCCGCACAAACAUCUUCACCUCAAUUAAGUGCUGCCGAUAAAAGAAACUCGGCUCCUCCGCCUGCACUCGACACGUUCCCUACUCUACAAGCUCCUGUCCAGACCAAUGAUUCGCAUUCACUCCGGUCGCCUCUCAGUCAGCGCGCAGAUGCUAGUCGACUGGACGAUAACAUCGAACUUUUGCGAAUUGAGCGUGCUGUUUCUGCCGAGGCUCGCGACGAUGUCAGCUACAUGAGGAAAUCGCGAGCUCACAACUUUGAGCCUGAAGAUGCCUUCAAUGCACCCAUUCCCUCUGAAACCAUGCACAAGGAGAAGGAACAAGAUCCAGAUGCUACACUGCUCAAGUUUUGGAUGUUCCUUCGAAAGUUUCCUCGAUUCGUCCGAUACUGCCUGUACCUGGUCCCUGGAGCUGUUCUACUUCUUAUUCCCGUCUUGCUGGGUAAAUUCGCUAUCAAAGACGACGGCAAGCGACGAGAUGUCAAUGGUGUUGAUCUCAUGUGGUUCGGUAUCUGGCUUGAGAUUGUCUGGGGAGUCCUCUGGGUUUCUCGCAUGAUCAGCAGUCUUUUGCCUCCAACUUUCAAACUCGUCGCCAAGCUCUUUGGAUCUACCAAUGCUAGCAAGUGGAAGGAUAUUGGAUACCAGCUUGACUUACACACAGCCGUCUUCCUCUGGUUCCUCGCCAUCCUCAUUUCUUUCGAACCGACCAUGCUGAACCACAAUUUCCGAGACCGAAAGCCACACUGGGUUGAAAUCAUGAACAAGGUCAUUAUUGCCCUGUUCACAUUGUCAGCUCUCAACUUUGUCGAAAAGAUCCUCAUCCAAUGGAUCGCUUUCACUUUCCAUCAGCGAACCUACGCGACCCGAAUCAGCAACAACAAGGCGGAUGUUGGACAACUCGUUCAUCUUUACGAGCACGCCAAAGCUCACAAUGAAAAGACCGACUACUUCUUCCAGCGCGGCAGUGACUCCGCUAGUGGCGCUCAAACUCCCAUGCAGACUCUCCAGGACAACGCCCGCCAGAUCUUUGGCAAGGUCGGUUACGUUGCUGGCCGAGUCGGAAACGAUUUGAUCGGUCGCAAGAUUGACAGCAACCACCCUCGCAGAGUUGUCAACGAACUCCUUCGAAACACUCAAUCGGCACAUACCCUGGCUCGUCUCAUCUACCGUUGUGCCGUGAAGGACGGCACCGACCUGGUUUACGAAGAGGAUAUGAAAGAGAUCUUUGGCAGUGAAGAGGAGGCCGAAGCUGCUUUCAUGAUGUUCGACAAGGAUAUGAACGGUGACAUCUCGAUUGACGAAUUCGAAGCUGUGUGCAAUGAAAUCCACCUCGAAAAGAAGGCCAUUGCCGCUUCGCUCAAGGAUCUUGACUCGGUGAUUAAGAAGCUCGACAAGGUUUUUGUUUUCAUCAUCAUCAUCAUCACCAUCAUUGUCUUCAUCUCGAUUCUUUCUGGUUCAGCUGCUGCUGCUCUCGGUUCCGCCGGUACUGUCGUUCUGGGUCUGGCCUGGGUUCUCCAAGCCACCGCUCAAGAGUUCCUCCAGUCCAUCAUUUUCGUCUUCGUCAAGCAUCCCUUUGAUGUCGGUGACCGUGUGACUGUCUACGGAUCUACCGGUGACAACAUGAUGGGUGACGACUUUUACGUGACCGAGAUUUCUCUUCUCUACACCGAGUUUAAGAAGAUGCAAGGCCACAUCGUGCAGGCUCCCAACUCGGUUCUCAAUAACGUCUUUAUUCUCAACCAGCGACGAUCCAACGGUCUUGCCGAUGUUGUUCCUCUGGUGAUGCGAUUUGGUACACCCCAGCACAUGAUCGAUGAUCUCAAGGAACGAAUGACCGACUUCUGUCUUGCCAACAAGCGUGACUAUGCUCCUCGUAUCAUUACCGAGAUGGUCAAGAUUGACGACGUUCGAUCUUGCAUGAUGAAUAUGAUCUUCUUCCACAAGACCAACUACCAGAACGAAUUGCUCCGUCUCAACCGUCAUAACAAGUUUGUGACUGAACUGAUGACUCAGAUGGUCAACGUUGGCAUCCAGUCCCCCUUCCGCAUCGAGCCCGGUGGCAGCCGCGAGCACCCCAUGUACUGGUCUGGUAUGCAGCCUCCUCCCUAUGGCAAGGAGCCCGAUCAUGGCGCUGGCAACGGUGGCCAUGGUGUUGAUCUCCACGACAAGCCUGUUCAGCACGAUAGACCUCUCCACUCUGAGGGUCCUCCUCUGAGUCACCAAACCUCAAACUACAGCCGCCGUGGAACAUCCGAACGCAUGCGUGCCAUGGAGAACAACAUGGACUUCCAGGACGUUUUCGAGAACCGACGAGAUAAUGUUCAAGCACAUCGCCUAGCUUCCAUCAGAGAGAAGGAGCGCGGUGUUCGAGCCGAAGAAGAGGCAGAACGACGAUCGGUGGCCAGCUCUUCAGGCUUGGACCGCAUUGCCUCGACAGACAGCCGACGACAUGUAUUCAACCGAGUGAGGACAGGUUCCAAGAGCAAACCUCCCGGCAACAUUGUCUGA